CUGCACCAGGUCCUCCUCCUCCUCCUCUUCGCUUCUUCUUCUUCUUCUUUCCGCCCUCUCUUCCUCUUGAUCGCCAACGGGUGCGCAUCCCACGCCUCGACCGCAGCCAUGGACUCGGUCGCAUUCGACAUCAACGAUGCGCUCAAGCAUUACAUGAGCGAUCCUGCCAGCAUCCCAACUCCAGAGGCAGACGCUGCCCUCUUCGACUGCGAAAAUGACCCCGAGGCCCUCACCAACGCCGUCAUCAACCCCGUUCUCAACCCAAUCGUUGAUGCCGUCGCCGAGAACCCCGAGGCCAUCACCCGCGCCGCCUACCUCGACUCUCUCCAGUUCCUCCUAAAGUAUACCGCCUUCUUGCCAACACAUGCCUUGAGCAAGAUCUUCGACCUCGUCAUGUCCGGCCUUGCCGCCGAGGCUGACGCGAUCAAUCACGACCUCGAGUCCCCCGACGAACAGGAGACACUCGCCCACCACAAGCAGCUUCUCGAGAUCUACGGCUUCCUUCUGAGGUGGACUGUCGAGAGCGUAGAGACCAAGGCAGCCGAAAAGUCAUCAACAGCCCCUGUCGCCCGAGGUCGCGGCAAGCCCAAGAAGAAUGCGCCAAAGGGCCAGGACGGUGUCUGGGACUCCGCGACCCAGCUCCAGUCUGCCCUCGACAUCAUGACCAAGGUCCUCAAACUAAAGCUCUCCAAGAUCUUCCUCACAACGCCCGAGAGAGACACCUUCAUCGCCCUGUUGACGAAACCUGUCUACACCGUCCUUGAGAGUGAGCAGCGCUGCAAGACUACCUCCAUCAGGAUGCAUGCUUUCAAGGUGCUUUGCAUCGCCGUCAAGCACCAUGGCCACGCCCACGCCGCGUUGCAAACAAUCGAUCAGAACUUGACCUACUUCGAGCAUCUCUCCGAGCCCAUGGCCGAGUUCCUUCACAUCCUGGCCGAGACCUACGACUACCCCCAACUGGCUGACGACACCCUGCGCGAGCUCAGUAACAAGGAGUUCAACAGCAACGACACCAGAGGCCCCAAGUCCAUCUCCCAGUUCAUCGUCAAGCUCUCCGAGCUUGCACCCAGACUAGUCAUCAAGCAAGUAACGAUGCUUGCCAAGCAGCUCGACAGCGAGUCAUACACCCUGCGAUGCGCCCUUGUCGAAAUCUUCGGAAACAUGAUUGUCUACCUCACAAAGCAGGACGAGCGCUCUGACGACUAUAAGACACAAAUCAGCGCCUUCUUCGACGUAUUGGAGGAACGAUUUCUCGACAUCAACCCCUACUGCAGAUGUCGCGCAAUCCAAGUCUACGUCAAGCUUUGCGAACUCGACCAAAAGUUCCCGAAACGACGACAGCGCGCCGCAGAGUCGGCCUGCCGAAGCCUUGAAGACAAGAGCAGUCACGUCAGGAGAAACGCCAUCAAGCUCCUCGGCGCCCUUAUCAAGACGCAUCCCUUCACCCAGCUCCAUGGAGCUCAGCUCUCCCGCAAGGACUGGCAGGCCCGUCUCGACAAGGUUGACGAGGAGAUCAACGCGCUGCAGCCUCCCGAGGGUGCUGGCCUCGGUGAUAACACUGCCGUCGACAACACGCUAUUGGACGACGCCACUCAGGUCGAGCAGUCGCCUCAAAAGCCCAUGACCGAUGAGCAGAAGUUCGAAGCCGUCAGGAAGGCCCGCGAGGAGGCCGCGACAUCAGAAGCUAUAGAGAAGCUCACUCUGACGAAGCGUUACUACUCCGAGGCCUUGAAGUUUAUCGACGUCCUUCACGACGCCACCGGCACCGUCUGUCAGUUGCUCGGCUCCAGGAACAAAAGCGAGGUCAUUGAGGCCAUGGACUACUUCGAGGUUGGCGAUGCCUACAACAUUGAGCAGAACAAGGUCGGCAUUCGCCGCAUGUUGCGUCUCAUCUGGACCAAGGGCAACAGUGACGAGGGCAAGGGUGUACAGAGCCAUCUCAUCGAUGUUUACAAGCGUCUAUUCUUUGAGGCGCCAGACUCGUUCAGCCCUAACGACGCUGCCAACUUUGUUGCGCGUAACAUGAUCAGUCUCACCUUCGGCGCGACUCCUGCCGAGCUGACUUCCUUGGAGCAGCUUCUCAGCACCAUGAUGAAGGCUGGAAUGAUACCCGAGCCUGUUAUUGCCAAGCUCUGGCAGGUCUACGGCGUGCAAAAGCGUGAAAUCUCAAGGACUCAGCGCCGAGGAGCCAUCAUGGUUCUGGGCAUGCUCGCAACCGCCAACCCCGAAAUCGUGGUUGGUGAAAUGGAGACGAUGCUUCGAACUGGCCUCGGCUCCCAUGGUCGUGCCGAUCUCCAGCUAGCCAAGUACACCUGCAUAGCCCUUCGCCGAAUCAACCCAACCGGUAGACAGGCAAAGGACUCUCCUGUCAAGUUCUCUCGCCUACCGAAUGAGCACGCACUUCUUGCCAAGUUGGCCGCGAUCACUGAGGUCCCCUCGGAUAGCAAGGAAUGGUACGGCGUUGCUGAGCAGGCCAUCAACGCGAUUUACGCCAUCUCCAAGCACCCAGAUAUCCUCUGCUCCGACAUCAUUCGACGAAAGACCAAGCGGGUCUUUGCUGCCCCCACGUCCAGACCAGUUUCGAGAGACGAGAGACCACCUUCUCGAGAUGAGACAGGAUCUCAGUCCUCUCAGUCCGAGAGCAAAGAGCCCGAUGCCGAUGAAGAAGGAAGCGACAGUAAUGAGACUGUCGUUCCCCCGCCCAAGAAGCGCGAUGCUGCUGUCGGCCUAUCUCAACUUCUUUUCAUUGUCGGACACGUUGCCAUCAAGCAAAUUGUGCAUCUCGAGCUGUGCGAACUCGACUUCAAGCGCCGCAAGCAAGAUCAGGAGAAGGAGAAGACGGCUGAGAAGACUGCAGCGGGUGGCAAGAAGGAUGAGCCGGACGACCUCGACCUCAUCGGAGGUACCACCGAGGAUGACUUCACGGAGGCCAUGGCUCAUAUCCGUGAACGUGAGCUGCUGUAUGGCCCUCAGUCUCUGCUCGCAACAUUCGGCCCUCUGGUCUCCGAGGUCUGCGCCAACAACACCACCUAUGCCGACAAGGGACUGCAGGCCGCUGCCACUCUCUGCCUUGCCAAGCUCAUGUGCGUGAGCUCCGAGUACUGCGAAGCCAACCUGCCUCUCUUGAUUACCAUCAUGGAGCGCUCCACCGAUGCUAUCGUGCGUUCGAACGCUGUCAUCGCCCUUGGCGACAUGGCCGUGUGCUUCAACCACCUCAUUGAUGAGAACACGGAUUUCUUGUACCGCCGUCUGAAUGACAAGGACCAGUCCGUCAAGCGCACUUGCUUGAUGACGUUGACUUUCCUGAUUCUAGCCGGACAAGUCAAGGUCAAGGGUCAACUUGGUGAGAUGGCCAAGUGCCUCGAGGAUGAGGAUCGCCGUAUCGCCGAUCUCGCAAGGAUGUUCUUCACCGAGCUCAGCACCAAGGACAACGCUGUUUACAACCACUUCGUCGACAUGUUUAGUCUGCUGUCGGCAGAGAAGGCUUUGGAAGAGGAGAGCUUCAGGAGGAUCAUCAGGUUCCUCUUGGGUUUCGUCGAGAAGGACAAGCAUGCCAAACAACUGGCCGAGAAGCUCGCCGCCAGACUCCAACGUUGCGAGACGGAGCGACAGUGGAACGAUGUCGCUUUCGCCCUCGGUUUGCUACAGCACAAGAACGAAGAGAUCACCAAGACCGUCAGCGAAGGGUUCAAGGUCGUGCAACUCGCCGCGUGA